AAAGAUUCUGGGAAGCAAAAUGGUGGACGAUUGGCAACGAAAAGAGUGGUUUUGCGCCCCCGAAACACGGUUUAUUGCCGGUCGCUCGAGGACUUAAAAAAUCUACUUUCCCUCGCAUCGAAUUUCACCGAGUUUUGGCCGUUUUUCAUCGUCUUUUGGAACCGGUUUAACAUCGUGAAUGAAUUUAAUUCUGUACUACAAAAGAGGUUUCGGAUGUAAACAAAGCAUUGAGAUUUUUGAAAAGGUACCAGUAUCUUCGUGCUGGCUUUGAAAACUAAAGGACUUUAUAACACUUUGAGCAACAUCGCGUCACGUAAAGGAGGACAUAUGGUGGAUUUUAAGUUUUAUGGUGUUCAGAAAAGAUCGAAUUGGGAACCGAUUUAACCGCAACGAAAAGUUUUAUGGUUCAUUCUCAAGGUAAAGGGUAUGUCAAACAGCAAUGUAUGAUAUUGAAAGUUAAUUUGCUGCUGUUAGUGUGAUGUAUCGACAAGCAAUAAAGUAAGGUAACGGUAUUCUUCACUCUUUUCUUUGUAAUUUGUCUUUUAUCAUGUUUGUAAUCUAAGACUGGAUGCGGCGCUCAUGCGCAUGCUCAUUUAAAAUUUCCAUAUCAUGGGGUUACCUAAGUGAACGUUUCUCAGGCAUAAAAUGACAUCAGAACUCUCUGUCUGUUGUUACCCUCGUUAAUUGUGCAAAUGAUCUCUCUUAGUUUACUGUUACUCUCAUAUUUACUAUGUUUGUCUCUUUGUUUGCUCCAAUGAAAUGAAAGGUUUGUUUGGGAAGGGGUUAAUUUUACGUAAAAAUGAAGUACAUAUUAUCAUUGGUAUCAGAAUGGAUAUUAAGAUGCUUGGGGAACAAGUCACGAGUUGAAAAGUCCUUCACUACCGAUGAUGUAGAGACAAUAUAUGAAGAGCUUAACAACACGGGGAGGUAUAUCGCAACGGUCUCAUGGACACCUUUUGAUAGUAAGUGGAAUACCAGCAUUUUUCACGGUAUCGAAAUAAACCUUGAGUCAUUGUUUAGGUAUAAAAGAGAGUUUAAUAUCAACUCAUCGACAUUGUAAAUGCAACUCGAUUUAAUUUGGUGGAUCUUAUUUAUGAUUCAAUUUUGUUUGCGGAUAGGAAUAAUAAAAAGGGGACGUUCUCUCGGACAUUUAGAAAGAUGAUGUGUCUUAAUACCGUCUGUGAUCUUAAAAAACUCUAGAUUAGCAAAAAUAAUAAGGUUUCGCUGUCACUUCAUGCAAUUUCUCCCCGAUUGCGGUUACUGUGGGAGUGAGCACGUUGCGUGACGAAGACAAAUAACGGCUGUUAAAGGGACUGGCGGAGAAGCGGAUAAAAUCAAUUCGUUUGCAUGGAUGAGAAAAAAAUAAGGGUCCAGCGAUGCAUUGUCGAAUGCCUGAUGAGCAUCUCCUCAUUUUCGACUUCUAAAACCCUUACAGAAACACCAUGAACGGAUAUGAUGAGAAAAUCAGAAGUAAGAUUGUAACAUUUGUUUCUUUCAGUUCAAUUGAGCAAUUGGACUGGAUACGGAAUAAUAUACGCAAUAAUAGAUUUCACCAGCGAUAACGCUGCCAAAACCUAUUGUCAAGAAUUGGAUAAGGUGAGAGGAGGACGACUGAGUAGUAAAGACGACGUAACGUAAACCAUCUUAAAAUGUAUCAAAACUGCAUAUCGAUGAGGGCUUAUUGUGAGCGUAACACGUGUGAAAGGGAGGAAAGGCACAAUAUAGAGGAGAGUGAAAAAAGGGGAGAAAAGAAAAUACUUAGGUCCAUCACGAGAACGCGAACCUGGUAUUGUCCAAUUUCACGGUCCGAAGCUUUACCGCUGAGCUGCAGAGGACCUCAAUGGCGGGCUGGGCGAUAUACCAACUUCGUACCUCACUAGUGUCCUGCCUCUUGUUAGGAUCAACAAUGUCAAUGGCGGUGUACGUGUAAGGUUAUGAAGGACCCCUAUACGUGAUCGUUUUGUUGAUGUUUUUCAUACGCCUCGAUGAUUGGAUAUUUUGCGAUUUGCGUUCUAAAUUUCUUAGGGACACGGAAAUUGCUAGGUAAUAAAAGUCUGCUGGUAUCACAUGUAGAUGAUAACUCAUCGAAUUAGGACAUAUCAUUACACUACAAGAUAUACAUCCUACGGCUUUCUCUGAGAAUUGUUUAGGGUGCAAACGAAAUGGGAAAGCAACGAGGGGUCAUUCGAGAGAAAAAAAAUUAUAAAGGAUCGAAGUGUUUCAUUAUUCCAUGGUCAUUGCUCCAGUUUUUGUCCAUACAUCUAACCUAUUUGACAGAGUUUGAUACCGUCGCAUGAAUUACGCGUUCUGUUGCUCCGAUACGAUAAACUGAUGUAAUAGUGGAUCAAAUGCCUACUUUCCUGAACUUCUUGUUAUCAUUUGUAGUUACACCUGCUAUAUGUUUGGGUCGCACAAUUUUUAAGGAUAGAUUGAAAAUGUGAUAGGAUUUCUUUUCUGCCAUUGUAAGGAACAUUUCAACUGUUUUUAUUCAUUUACUUUUUUCCUUUUUUUUUCUAAGACAAAUGGCCUUCAUCUCUUUGUGGGACAAAAUAUUAACGUUUACAUAUCAGGCGUAUUCUACCUUGGAUGAAACUUUGUCGAUUUAAAACUCUUUUACCGCUCACAAGCUUUACAAGAUAAUGUGGUUAUCGAAUAGUUUACCUCUCGGAAAUACAUUUAUAUGGAUGAAUAGCACAGGCCACCUUAAUUUUAUGAUCUUUUCUUUUUAGGACGCUACGAACAUUACCAUAACUAAUUCUUCUUACGGAAUGAUGAAUGAUUCUUAUCUUGUGCUUUAUGUAAGUAUCACAAAUAAUUGCUAAUAGUUUUUAUAGUAUAGUUGCUCAGGUGCUUUCGAAUCCUAUUACGAGUUCGUUUUGUCUUUGAAACCAUCCUUUUUAUAAAGAAAGCUUUGUGCUUAUUUUGUUUCAAUUGGUUUGAUAACUCGUGCCGAAAUAAGAUUAGUUUCCGCUAGAAUUUAACAGAAAAACUUGAAAGAGAAAGAAGAAGACAUGGAAAUAAAGAACCAUAAAAAAAGACAAACAAACAAACAAACAAACAAAAACAAAGAAAACAAAAAGAAAACGUAUAAUACUCGGCUUUUUAUUUCACCCCAAUUUCUUUCCCGACUAAUCAGUUUUUUGUGAUUUUGUCCUUGGAUUUAGCAAAAGUAUUUUAUUAUAUGCAUAACCUUUGUCAAAAGGAGAAGUCAUUCGGAUAAGAAAUAUAGCUCUUGACAAAACGAAUAUCAUAGUCUUUGGACGUUUUAUUCAGGGUUUUACUCUGUAAAUGUUGCGGAAAUAAUUUAUUUCUUUAAAACCCUUGAUAAAUCCUUGAAGAAAAUCGAUAAUAAUCUUGUUUUUCAGAUUACUUCUCUGCCAUAUCCUGUACAAAUGUUCUAUGACUUCCCAAUCCGUAAGUUUUGUGAAAGCUCGGAGCCAAAAAUGAGUCAAUGAGCCUCUAAUGCAUGGUUGUUUUGUAUUUUGUUUAUUCGCAUUUGUCCACUGGUUUAUUUGUUUAUUCUUCUGUUAAUAUUUAGUUCUUCUUACAUAUUUUUAGCUGUGUUUGAUAUGAAAGCCAGCAUUUUUUUAAAGGAAACAUGAUAGAUUUAUACAUCUCUGAAACAUUGUUCAUUUUAAAUACAGUUUGCGAAGUGCCAACGCCAUGCGUAGGGGAGUCAGGUGAGUUUUCAGAGGGAGAGCUGCUACAGCAAAAUUUAAUUUACAUCGCCGUCCCAAGUUCCAAUUUCAAGCCUAUGCCAUAUGUAUCCCCGUUCCAGUGCAUCAUCCCCAUCCUCAAACUCUUCUUAAAUCAAUCAGUAAUCAAAUAUUUUGUUGAAAAUAGACCGUUAUGUCCGCGACAUGGUCGUAAGGGUGUAAGCCUUAAUCCGUAUCUAAUCACCGCCAAUCAGUGGGCUCAGUGAUAUCAUUUAUUGAAUACUGUCUUUAGUUUCAAAAUAAGCUUUGAAAAAGAUGCGGUAUUUGCCUCUGGUUCUUAUGGUCUUUUCAGUUGGAAAAAUACUUCGACGAUCUUUCGUGAUAAUUUUCCACAAAUUUCUCCGGCUCUGGUUCAGACAAGGUUCCAGAAGAAAAAAUUAUGUUUGAUUUUCAAAGCUCGCAAGGUAUUAUUUCUGAUACGUUCCCUAAUCCUUCCUCGUAACUGCUUUCUAAGUAGUACUUCAGUUUUGUGUUAUUCUUAAUAACAAGGUGUUGGAGCCCCAAUGUCUGCAAUAUUCACACAAUAAAGGGGCAAUGUGUUGGAGGGUUUUUAGAUUUGCAUGUAAUCUUAAGGUAGUCAAUGUACUAUUAUUCUUAUCUAUCCUCCUUUGCUCUUUCAUCGUUCAAUCAACUUUACUCACAGGUAGGUUUUAAAUCAACAAAAUUUUAAAAUUAAAAGGCUACACUUGAAGGAGUAUAAGUAAUCUCAACAAAUAGAUAAAAAAGGAAGGGGUGGAGACUUUGAAUAUGCAAAACUAUUCGAUCUAAUUCCCUCCUUGAAGGGGAGCAGUAUAAAACGUGGCAACCAAUCUCUAUUAUUAGCAAUUUUCCUUCUGAUGGUUUUAUUUUCUCUUUUACCUCUUUUUUGCAGCCCAGAGACGCCCUACGUUUACAGGUAGGUUUCCAAUUAACAGCCUUAAUUGACUAAAAUUGUCCUUUCGAAAUACCUCUCACCUUGGAAUAAAAUAACAAUGAUUAGAAUGGACAAAUUUGGAUUUGAUUGGUAAAGUAGAAGCAAAACUGAGUGAUAAACAGGGGUGGGGACUGGUUCAAUUGCAUUUAAAAACUCAGAAACAAUCGGAUCUGACGUUGAACAUUUGGAGUAUAGAAUUCAUGCCUUGCCAGAGCGAAAUUCCUUCAGUGAUACGCAGCUGGUUCGAAGUCACUCGAUCCAGUUCAUGCCGCUCCUUGUUUGAUGAACUCUGUUUGAUAUCUCAUUCAUGACGUGAUUCCGCCGCGGUAACUGUAAAUCAGGGCCAAAGGUGUCGUUUGUAAGAAAUGGUUCUACAACGUACCCUUCUAUUCAUUCGGCUGAAAAAAUUCCCAGACUUCAGAUUGUUUAGGAAAGUUUAUUAGAAGCAAGCAAGCCUUUCAUAAAUUCCUGAAAGAAGAAGCUAUUUAUUGCCUCCACGUUCUUCUAAAAAAAUCAACUCUUGUUUGCACAAGGAAAAAUUGUAAACUAUAUGAUGACACUCUUGUUGAAGGCCUAAAUGUAAUAACAUUUAGUCCUAAAUGAAAUAAGCCUCCCAUACAAUCGUAUAACUCCGCCAGUGCAAUGUUGUUAUAGCGGACAUCCAUAUUGAGACGUUGAAGGGACAGCUGUUGCACCAAAAAAUCCUAUGACCAGUAUUCAUGUCACAUUGCGGGCUCGUUGAUAUUAAUCAGCGUCUUCUUAUUUGCUAGACUUAAGUCGAGAAGCAUUAGCUGCAAACCGUUACACUGAUAAACAAUUAGCAUCAAAUUUGACAGCUGUCAAAACAAUGAGUACGCUGACCUAUAACUCUCUCCAAAUAUCACUGGCACAGACUCUUUGGUACAAUCGACUUUGGGAAAAUGUGAUAACGUAAUACUUGUGUGAUCAGUCAUCGAGUUAGCAAGUCAUAAACCAGAUUACAAACUUAGUCAAGGGAGUCCGCUGACCUAUAGGACAAUUUGUAGGCUCGAAUUUACAUUUUUUGAACUUGGGAUCCCUGUAUGGCUUCUCUCCACCUCGAUAAUCAGUUCAUGUGCCUCAUAACUAUAAGUGCAAACUGAUGAGCUUUCUUUUUUCAUUUAUUUAUUUAUCUAUUCAUUUUCUCCCCUCAUGGCAGGGAGAAGAGAUAAAGACCAAAAACCAUAAAUAAGAUCGACUUGAGAUCGACUGUGGAAUAUAUUUUCUCUCUUGACCAAGCUUAUUGGGUCAUGAUGGCUGGAUAUUAACCUUGUUCUUUUUCUGCGUUUUUAUGGACCCCGACUUCGUCUCGGUCCACAAAAACGCAGCAAAAGAACUUGGCCAAUAUCCAUCCAUCUUGACCUCACGCUUGGUCAGUAACGUAUAUGAAUAUAUUUCAUGCAGACCCAUCCAAAUCUAGCAAGAGAAGACAGUGCAAAAUAUUCACUUCCGAUUCCGGAAUUUGUCUUACGUAUGGGUCAGUGGACUUCCUUUUCCUUGUAAUUUGGUUCAUAAAGUGUUAACUUCAGCACUGAUCACACAAAUAUAUCGUCAAAAUCUGUUGCACUAAAGAGUCUGAGCCCAUAACAUAAAGAGAGGUAUUGGCCAACGUUCUCAUUGUUUUCACGUCUGUCAAUUUGAUGCCAAAAGCACAUCAGUAUAAGGGUUUGUGGUCAUACUUAUCGACUUGCGUCUCUAGCAAAUAAAAAGACGCUGAUUAAGAUCAACGAGCCUGCAAUAUACCAAAUAUUGGUCAGAGGAUUCCUUAGUGCAACAGCUGUCACAUAAACAUCUCACUGUAAAUGUCGGCUACAACAACAAUGCUCUGACGGAAUUAAACGAUUGCAUUAAAGGCUUAUUACAUUUAGGGCCGAAUGUUAUUAAAUUUAGGACAGUUAUUACAUUGAGACCUUCAACAACUCUUCGCGAGAAAAGUCCAAUGUCUUCAAUUCAAAUAAUUUCGACUGUUCCUAGUCUUGUAAGGUCAAAGUGUCAUUUUUGAAUCGUAAAUAUUUGUCCUUCGUGUUUUGUGUAUAUACAGCAGUCAUCAAAAAAAAAACUCUCUUUCUCUUUAGGUGGCGACAAAAAAAGUGUUACCAACAUGGCAGCUGCCAUCUCCUCAACAUGU